AUGUCGUCUUCCUCACUUCGAGUUUUAGCUAUUGGGAACAACCCGAAUAUCUUGUUCUACACUUCAAGGUUUCAACUAGCCAAGAAUAUAGACCUUUACCACGUCAACGAUUCAAAAUCAUGUCAAUUUGAAAUCGAAACUGAAUACUACGGCAAAGACCAGUUCGAAUUGGAAAAUCAUUUCACUUCCAUCGAGCACUUGACUGAAGCUUUGAACUCCAAAUCCAGCGGAGCCAUUUUUGACAUUAUCAUUAUGAGUGCUCAGUCUUUACAGGAAUUGUCUUCGUUGGCGUCCAAAUUGACUUCCAUAAUCGAUUCAAACACUAAAAUUUUCUUAGAAAGCAGCGGCUUCAUCCAAUUGGAACCAUUUGUUAAAUUAUCAAUGGAUUCUCCGCAUGUAAACGUUUUCAGUAUUUUAACUGAUUUGGAUAUUCGUCAAAUUGGUCCAAACCAGUUUAAGCACUUUCGUAGUACUGCAAACGAGAAUACUAUAUACCUCGGUGAAAGUAAGUCCAACACUGAGAAAUACCAAUCGGGCGUUAUAACAUUAUUAACCACAUUUGAAAAACUAUUUGCCAAAUUGUUUUCCAAUAUAAAAAUCAAUUUGUGUAAUUUUUCAUCGAUUGAAUUUUUAUCACAACAAUGGAAGCUGGCAAUAUCCAGAAUUUGUUUCGAUCCGUUGCUAAUCAUGUUUGAACAAGAAAACCCGAGUGAUUUGGACCAGCAGAUCAUUGCCAAACCUUUAAUAUCAGGGCUGGUCACUGAAAUCAUCACCGUAGCAAAGACAAUGGGUGCGAGAUUAAACAGUAGUUAUGAUAAUGAAAACGCCCUUUUAUCUCUAUGGAAGGAUUCUUAUCAAUCAACCAAUAAGCCACCUGCAUUGGUUUAUCAUUUCAUUCAUCAAACAACGCCUUUAAAUAUCGAUAUCCUGCUGUUACAAACUAUUUUAUUAGCCGAUGACUUUGGUAUCAAGACUCCGUACUUAGAAUUCUUAUACUCUGUCUUGUCCCAAUUUGAAAGAUUGAAUAAUGGUAAAUCCAAAUGGUUUAUCAGGUCGGAUGAAAAAACCCAAGUUUUACAAAGCUUGCAAAAAUCACAGAAAAAUGAAUUAACUUUGCAGAAUCAAAUUUCCACCUUACAGAGUCAAAUUGGUAAACUAAGACAAGAGUUAGUUAUGCAGGCCAAGCAACAUGAAUUGGAAACUAACGAACUAAAGGAGAAGCAUCAAGUUACUUUAAAGGCCCAGGCUCAAGCUCAAGCUCAAAUCCAGACUCAGACUCAAGCGUCAGAUGAAGUCAUAACCCCAACUGAAGCAAUAGACCAAUCUAAUACAAAUGAAUAUAAGGCAACAGGAACUCCAAAUUUGAGGGAUAUCGAAGACAUGGCAUUAUAUAGUGUAAACUACGGCGACUCUCCAGUGAAAUCUCCACCAGCUGCUGUAAGCUCUCAACCACAGAUCAAUUCUCCACUAUCCUCACAUUCACAAACUUUUGCAGAGAAUAAUGGGUCCAAUGACAAAUUACUGCAAGAGCGCGAAUUACAACUCCGUAGAAAGGAAUUAGAGCUACAAGAGCGUGAAUUGGAGUUCCAGAAAAGAGCAUUACAGCAACAAAGGUUUACCAAUAACAAUAACUCAGUUCCAAGAAAACCCUCUUUCCCUCAAUUGCAACAGUCUGCAAACAUUCGCUCUAAUAGUAGAGGAAUGCACGGCACUAAUGGACCUAUUCCUCAACCUGCAUCUGCCGGAAAUUUCGUAGACCCAAUUUCUUCAAAUAUGGCUGCAUAUGAUCCGCAACAACCUCCUUCCUUACCUCUGCAGCAGCCACAGCAAUCCGUACAAGUACAACCUUAUCACUCACACUCUAUCAAACCCACAAGUAGGAAGAAUAGGAAUAGCAAUAUGCCUAAUAUUGGUAAUCCCUCCAGUAUAAAUAUGAGUGAUUUUGGAAGACCACAAAACAAUUCAAGUCAAACUCGUUUAAGCUCAAUGCCAACACAUAGCAUCGUAAACCAGAAUAGAUUGAGAUCACAACAAUCCAAAAACAAGCUGAAUAUGCCUCAUGCUGCCAAACCAAACAAUGCCUUUAACCAAGUUCCUCCUUCCAAUUUAAACAACCACGUUCCCACUCAAAGGCAAUUUAGCUCGAGUACCAUGAUAGAAGUAGCAAAUAAUAACAACAAAGUUAAUAACAGUAGUAGCAACCCAGAUAUUUCUACUAGCUCGGUAGUUCAUAAUGCAAUGCAGUUUACAAAUAACACCAGCAGCACUGUGGAUAUAAAUGAUCCUAAAAAUAUGGCACCUCCUCCUACCGGCUCUGUCUCAGCCCCAAGCACCCCAACCUUAUCUUCAUCAAGCCAAAUGGCGGAUAUGGCUUCGCCUACUACCGAUAAUGGUGAUAACGAGGAAAAAACUGGCGGUAAAAAGAAGAGAUUUGGCUUAUUCAAAAAGAAAAAUAAAUCAAAGAGAUAA